AUGGCUGCCACCGCUGUCCGAUUUGUUGCUCCUCUCCGAAGCGCCCUCAGCGUUCCCCGAUUCCGAGCUUCCUCCGCUCUUCGCUAUGCCGCUCAGCCAACCAUCAGACGGCCAUUCUCCCAGAGUUCAUUCCUUCAAGCAAAGAAAUACACCGAACAGCAUGAGUGGAUAGAUGUUGCCGCUGAUGGCAAGACCGGUAUAAUUACGACCCUGAUUUUUGAGCCCCUUUCUAUAUUCCAAACUACGAUUGGUAUCACCGGUUAUGCUGCCAAAGCCCUAGGAGACGUUGUUUACGUUGAACUUCCAGAGGUGGAGGAUGAGGUGGCAGCCGGUGACAGCUUUGGUGCUGUCGAGUCCGUCAAGUCUGCUUCCGACGUCUCGUCUCCUGCCAGCGGAAAAAUUAUCGAGGUCAACAACACUCUAAGCGAGAAACCAAAGACCGUCAACGACUCGCCUGAGGGAGAUGGAUGGUUCGUUAAGAUUGAGAUUACCGAUGCUGCUGAGCUGGACGGUUUGAUGGAUGUUGAAGCAUAUAAGGCCUCCCUUGAGGAAACCGAUUAA